AUUGGUAUAUUAGGCAACAAAUGUCGAAUGACACAGAUAUUUUCGGAGGAGGGGUUAUUGAUACCAGUUACUCCUAUUUGGGUUGGCGAUAAUGUGAUUUCACAGGUGAAAACAAAGGAAAAGGAAGGUUAUAAUGCCUGCCAAAUUGCGUUUGGUGACUGUGCGGAAAAAAAUCUUAAUAAACCGAAAUUAGGACAUUUAAAAAAAAAAAAUGUUUCACCUAAAAAAUAUCUGCGAGAAAUAAGAAAUAUGUCGGGAUUUGCUGUCGGUUCUCCAAUUGAUUUAUCCCAUUUUGAAGUAGGAGACGAGGUUGACGUCACAAGAUCUGGGGCUGGCGGACGAGGCACUAAUCAAGGUAUGCCCAAAAAUAAAAAAAUGCCCGGUCGCAUGGGAAACAAAAGAGUUACACAAAAAGCAAGAAUAGCAAAAAAGGACCCGGAAAAACGCAUUAUUUUCCUUCGUGGGGCGGUCCCUGAUUUGAAAAAUAAAAUAGUAGGGCGAGAAGCUACCACAAAAAUAGUCGACUUGUUGCGGGGCAAAAAUCGCAUAGAUUUUACUCCCCAUUUAGACUUAGGAAAUUAUGUCGUAUUAAUUAAUGCUCGCCAUACUUCUUUUACGGGCAACAAAUUAGACAAAAAAAAUUAUUACAAUCAUUCCGGUUAUUCGGGCGGAUUACGGACCCGAAGCACCUGCUUAAUGCUGGAAAAAUAUCCUACUGAACUAGUUUUUAGGAUUAUUAGAG